AUGGUUUACACUGUAGAUAGACGCAUAUUUGCAAUAUACGGUGUUCUGCCACACGUUAACAUCAAGGAUGUCUAUAUCGUGGCAGGCGCAGCAGCGCUGCUGCUCACUCUGAGGUUCAUAGUUGCAGGUGUCAACAAUGGAAGCAAGUCGAAAUGCCCCUCCCUCUUCACUUUCAUCAUAGACAAGCUAAAUAUCGCUAAAGAGGGCAAGUCGUAUAAACUUGCGGAAUCCCUAUGGUACCUUUGUUGGCAUACCACGUCUCUAGCUUGCACGAUCGCAGUGUUUUGCGAUGAAUAUGGAACACCGGACAAUCACAAAUGGCUGUAUCACUUCAUGAAUGAUUUGAAGGGGAUAUGGUUCUUCACGGAGUCAUACGAGGAUGUAGUAAGGAAAACAAUCACGUGGCCUGAUCUAAUCAUGAGCCCAAAAGCAAAGAUACUCACUCUAGUAAGUAUCGGGUUCUGGAUCAGCUGCUGUGUAUACAUCCACUGGGAAACUAGACGUUCGGAUAUGAGGAUUAUGAGAUUCCACCAUUUUACAACAGUGGCACUACUCAUUAUUAAUUAUGUAUACAGCUUCCACAGGAUCGGACUAGUAUGUUCGAAAGUUUUAUAA